AUGGCGGGAGAGGAAGGCAACCGCCCUGCAUGCGCGGCAUGCAAGCACCAACGGAAAAAGUGCAGAGGGGACACCUGCGUUCUCUGGCGUCACUUUCCGGCGACCAUGAAGGAAGAUUUUCAGGCGGUUAAUAGGGUUUUCGGCAUAGCCAAUAUAUCAAAGAUCAUCAAAAGUUUGGACCCGGUUCAACAGGAUAUAGCGGUCAAAUCGUUAUUGUGGGAAGCAAAAUUGUGGAAGGAAGACCCGGUUCAUGGCCCGCUGGGCCUGUUCAAUAGGUUACAGAGAGAGCUUUUGUUUCUAAGGGAAAAAAUAAACAUACUUCAACCGCGGCCGCUGAUCCCCGCGCCACCACCGCCCCGGCCGGAGACCUACCAAUCACUCCGCGGCGGCGUUGGGAAUUUUAGUUUCCAUCCUAAUUACACUGGACAAUAUAGGAUGAGUAAUGGCUAUGGAUUACAACAAAUUCAGCCGAAUUUUGGUCGGACCGGGUUUAACCACCAAAAUAGACCGGUUCAGCAAUAUCUACCGCCGCCGUACCAUAAUAGUUUCGGACAUAAUAAGGAAAACGCACUUGUUCCUUACGCUAAUAAUGCUGGGAUUAGUGGACAAGAUCGUUGGAGUGUCAUCCAUGUCGGAGAUCGUACCAGUAAUGUUGUUAGACCAAGCCGUUUGCCGGCCGGUCCUGCGAUGUCAUCCAACCGGUCCAGUGUUACUGUAAAACAGGGCGAUGAAGAUGAAACCGGGAACGAUGAAGCAAGAGAACUUGUUGCUGCUCUUUAUUAUGAUCAUCAACUUUUGAACAGCACUAACCAAAAUAAUGUUCAAGGUAAAUUAACAUAG